AUGAGGGAAAUAGUGCAUGUGCAAGCCGGACAGUGCGGUAACCAGAUUGGCGCUAAAUUCUGGGAGAUAAUAUCGGAGGAGCACGGCAUCGACCCCACCGGCGUGUACCGCGGCACAAGCGACCUGCAGCUUGAGCGUAUCUCAGUCUACUACAAUGAGGAGAGCGGCGGCAAGUACGUCCCCCGCGCCAUCCUGCUCGACCUCGAGCCCGGCACCAUGGACGCCGUGCGCUCCGGCGGCUACGGGCAGCUGUUCCGCCCCGACAACUUCGUGUUCGGCCAGUCCGGCGCCGGCAACAACUGGGCCAAGGGGCACUACACCGAGGGCGCGGAGCUCGUGGACGCCGUUCUAGACGUCGUGCGCAAGGAGUGCGAGAACUGCGACUGCCUCCAGGGAUUCCAGCUCACCCACUCCCUCGGCGGAGGCACCGGCUCCGGCAUGGGUACGCUACUCAUCUCCAAGAUCAGAGAGGAGUACCCCGACAGAAUCAUGAACACAUACUCAGUCGUCCCCUCGCCAAAAGUAUCGGAUACCGUCGUCGAACCCUACAACGCGGUCCUCUCGAUCCAUCAACUAGUCGAAAACACAGAUGAAACGUAUUGUAUAGAUAACGAAGCCCUCUACGACAUCUGCUACAGAACGCUCAAGGUGCCCAACCCGACGUACGGCGACCUCAACCACCUGGUGUCGCUCACCAUGUCCGGCGUCACCACCUGCCUGCGGUUCCCCGGUCAGCUAAACGCCGACCUCCGCAAGCUGGCCGUGAACAUGGUGCCGUUCCCGCGUCUCCACUUCUUCAUGCCCGGCUUCGCGCCGCUCACCUCCCGCGGCAGCCAGCAGUACCGCGCCCUCACCGUGCCCGAGCUCACGCAACAAAUGUUCGACGCCAAGAACAUGAUGGCGGCGUGCGACCCGCGCCACGGCCGCUACCUCACCGUGGCCGCCAUCUUCCGAGGUCGCAUGUCCAUGAAGGAGGUCGACGAGCAGAUGCUCUCCAUUCAGAACAAGAACAGCAGCUUCUUCGUCGAAUGGAUCCCCAACAACGUUAAGACCGCCGUGUGCGACAUUCCUCCCAAGGGCCUCAAAAUGUCCUCCACCUUCAUCGGAAACACGACGGCGAUCCAGGAAUUGUUCAAGAGAAUAUCGGAACAGUUCACGGCUAUGUUCAGGCGCAAGGCGUUCUUGCACUGGUACACCGGCGAGGGCAUGGACGAAAUGGAGUUCAACGAGGCGGAAAGCAACGUGAACGACCUGGUGUCGGAGUACCAGCAGUACCAGGAGGCGACGGCGGAGGACGAUACGGAGUUCGAUCAGGAGGACAUGGAGGAGCUCGCACAGGACGAGCACCACGACUGAGGGGGCGGGUCACACGACAAACUCAAAUAUUCUAUUUUAUAUAUUUCCAACGAAAUUAGAGGCUAAGUCGAGUGCGUUUUUUAAAGUACCAAAGCGUCUUUCGCGGCAGAUCAGAGCUGGCACUGAGACCCGUCGCCGACGUGACCGGUCGUCGAAGUGCACAAUAUUAUAUUAUAUUGAUAGUAUUAAUCGAAAUCUGUUUUGUAUUCGAUACUAUAGGAACGUACCAAUCCGUGCAUUUCUUAUUUUAAGUUAUUGUCUUGUAUGCUUUUAUAUAUUAAUUUAUAAUUAAAUGUUUUAAACAAA